GACCUCCCGCAAAGCCAGCAGUCCGGGGACAAGGCUGGCCCCGUGUAUCCUGGAGCAGAAGGUGUUGGACCACCAGGACCUAGGGGCACUUCUGGACCUCCCGGGCCGCCAGGGCAACCUGGUUAUCAAGGGCCACGCGGUGAGCCUGGCGAGCCUGGACCUCCGGGCACGCCAGGACCUCGUGGAUUCCCGGGUCCUGCGGGACCUCCAGGUCCAGAGGGAGACGAAGGUGUGCCAGGUGAGGCAGGUCCCCCGGGACCUAUUGGACCAGUCGGAGAAAGUGGCAGUCCGGGUUUUCCCGGUAGUCCAGGAAUUAAGGGGCACAGAGGAUUUCCAGGACGGGAGGGAAAAGAAGGUCAGCGGGGAAGGCAAGGAGAAAAGGGAAAUGCUGGCACACCUGGUCCUGCAGGAGCUCCAGGACAAGUGGGACCCCGUGGGUCUCCAGGUGAAAGGGGUCGCGACGGUUCGCCUGGCAUCCAGGGCCUGAGAGGAGAGGAUGGGGCCCCAGGCAGCGCUGGUCCACCUGGACCCGUGGGGCCACCUGGCAGUCCUGGAUUUCCUGGAGCUCAGGGACAAAAGGGAGAUGCCGGGCAAUAUGGGUCAGCUGGUCAGCCUGGACCCCCAGGACCUUCUGGUUCUGAUGGACUCCCAGGUGCAACAGGUCCCGCCGGUCUUCCCGGAGAGAGAGGUCAGGAUGGAAAUCCUGGACCUAAAGGCAACCGGGGCGCCCUAGGAGCUAACGGACAACCAGGAUUCCCCGGACCUGCAGGUCCAGCAGGAAACCCAGGCGAGAGUGGAAUUCCAGGCGGGAAAGGAGAAAAUGGUCGCGAUGGAUCUCCUGGUUCUCCCGGUGAACCAGGCCCAGCUGGCAAUCCCGGAUCCCCAGGAGACAGAGGAUCACCUGGCCUUCCCGGACAAGAGGGCAAACGGGGUAUCCCGGGUGGCCCUGGACAACCAGGCACUGUUGGAUUCCCAGGAGCAGCCGGCAAAGAUGGAGAGCGUGGGUUAGCAGGAGAGAGAGGCCCUCCGGGACUUAACGGCAGUGAUGGCACUAAUGGAAACCCAGGUGAACAGGGGCCCCAGGGCCUACCAGGGCCCCCGGGUCUGACAGGUCCAGCAGGACCCCGAGGUGAACCCGGAACCCAAGGACGUGUUGGAGGUGACGGAAGACUCGGCCCACCUGGUCCCCGCGGAGAAAGAGGUUCUCCUGGAGACAUUGGAGCACCUGGCGGCCCAGGACAACCUGGUCCACCCGGGGAUACAGGCCCUGCUGGAAAUCCAGGAGAAGUUGGAUCACAGGGUAUCCCCGGACCACCAGGACCAAAUGGCAAUGAUGGAAGGAAUGGCGACCCAGGACCUGUUGGUAGUCCCGGCGAACCAGGGCCAGCUGGAGACAGGGGACCACAAGGUGGACCAGGUGGCCCUGGACCUCAAGGUCUUCGGGGAGCCCCAGGUGAGAGGGGACCUGCAGGUCCUCAGGGUGAGGCAGGAGCACCAGGCCCAGUCGGACCAAAUGGACAGAGGGGUGAUCCCGGACCUCAAGGGCUACCAGGUGCUCUCGGUGAAAGUGGUCGAGAUGGUGAAUCCGGACCACCUGGAGAGCCUGGACCGCCUGGGGCGGAGGGUGCACUUGGGCCAAGUGGAAGUGUCAGCAACCCAGGAGACAGGGGCUCGCCAGGCAGCCGGGGGGCACCGGGACUUCAGGGGCCUGCAGGUCGAGAUGGCCCGCCAGGUCCCUCUGGGCCCGUGGGUCUGCCCGGAGGUGAUGUAGGUCCUCGGGGAUACCCUGGCGAGCCUGGUUCUGCAGGAGAACCUGGCACACCCGGAUCUGACGGACCCAAGGGAUCAAAUGGUGAAGCAGGUUCACCUGGAAGUGCUGGACAACCAGGCCAGCCUGGUUUACCUGGGCCCCAAGGACAGUCAGGACAACCAGGAUCUCCCGGCCCCAACGGACCACAAGGACCUCAAGGAGAACGGGGAUCCCAAGGUGAAGCAGGACCUCCCGGCUUACCUGGCCUGAAUGGAGUGCCAGGACCACCAGGAAAUGAUGGCCAACCAGGUGAUAGAGGCAGCCCUGGCCUUGCGGGUUCACCAGGCCCAGCUGGCACUGCAGGACCUCAAGGAGAGAGAGGAAACCCAGGAUUUAAUGGUGCCCAAGGAGAAGCUGGUCCGGCCGGUCCUGCUGGAGAACCAGGAGAACAAGGAGCUUCUGGAAGGGAUGGAACUGAUGGACCUCAAGGUCCUCCAGGACCGCCCGGUCCGAGCGGAUCACCAGGUCACCCAGGAGAGAAUGGAAAACCCGGUGAGCGAGGUCAAGAUGGAUCUCCAGGUGUUCAAGGAAGACCAGGAGAAAAGGGGUCCAGAGGACCAUCAGGUGCUUCAGCAGGACAGCCGGGACCUCCUGGGCCACAAGGAGAGCGAGGCGAACGGGGCGAGCGUGGAUCGCCAGGAACACAAGGAAUUACUGGACCCCCAGGCCCUGUGGGCCCUCAAGGUCUCCAAGGAGAGACUGGCCGAGCUGGCAAGAAUGGACCCAAGGGAGACAAGGGCUGGCCUGGACGACCAGGGGGUCAAGGUUUACCUGGAGCCCCUGGUGACAAUGGUGAGCUGGGUCCACCUGGACCUCCUGGACCCCCUGGACAAGCCGGCCCACCUGGACCAAGAGGACUAGCUGGCAGGCCAGGAGAAGCUGGACCUGCAGGCCGACCUGGCAACUCUGGACCCAACGGCCCACCUGGACCUCCAGGUCCCCCUGGACCUCCUGGAUAUGGAAGUGUAUUCCCAUCUUAUCCGAACAUCCAGACAGAUAAGGGCAACGACCCCUACUAUCAGUAUGACCAGCCCCCUGAGGACCGAGAUGUCGUUUUUGUUGGUCUGAGCUUUGCCAGGGAAGCCAUGAAUAGGAUCUACAAGCCAACUGGCAAGAAGUCAUCUCCUGGUCUGUCCUGUAGACAGCUGAAGAAAGUUAACCCUGACCUGGCAAAUGGCGAGUACUGGAUCGACCCCAAUGAAGGUUCAGCUGAAGAUGCCAUUCUGGUCUUCUGCAACUUUGACACAGAGGAGAGCUGUAUCAGUGCUAACCCCAACAAUUUCAACAAAGCUAGAUGGACCAGGACCACAGGCGAUGGACAGUAUUUCAUGGAAGAAAUCAACAAUGGAAAGAAGUUUGUGUACAAGACAGACUCCCAACAGCUGAGGUACCUGCAGCUCCAGUCAACCGCAGCACGCCAGACAGUCACCUACAACUGCCUCAACUCCAGCCCGUAUGGUGCUCGGUUCAGCACGAACACCGGAGAGGAGAUUGAUACAGCGGAGACCAGAUACAAGAGGAAUACCUUUAUUGAAGUCGCAGACAAUUGC